UUUGCGCAUUGCCUAGGUAACGCGUCAUCAUGGCAGUUAUUGAAAUUUUUUCAACUUCUGUUCAUUAUAAAUACAAAAGUAAACUAUAUUCUUUCAGUUUCUUAAUUGUACUGUUUUUCACAAUUUUAUCGUUACUUACACCAUUUUUUAUCAUCUACAAUGCAGGAGGCUUCUCAUUAAAAAAUCGCGUAUACAUAGAAAGACCGGAUGUAUUAUUUAAUUAUAAAUAUUUAUUAUUAGUAGACAGAGGCUACAAUGUUAGUCCCAUAGUUUGUUCAAGUUUUACAACAUACAAAGAUAAUAAAAUUACAGAUGACUGCAUACUAGUGAAGGUUCAAGAAAUAGAUACAAAUAGUGAUGGUAAAAAGGAUAUUUUAAAAUUAGAGGCUCAUUUUUAUACAAACGUACCUGUUAGAUCUUGUAAGCUUUUACUCUUUUUUAAUUUUCGAUUAAAGCAAUUGUUUGAAGUAACGAUUGAGUCUAUUACACUUUUUGCUCAUGUGUUAGAUGAAGAAGUACAGAAAGUACAGUUCUAUGGAGACUUAAUGCUACAGCAAAAGGGCCUUCUUACCAAUGAAGGUUUAUAUGAAACUUACAAUCAGAGCAUAGAAAUGGCUCAUUAUUCAUUAGAAGAGUUACUUUUGCAAAGUGCUAAUAGAAAAUCAUACAAUGAUACUGGAAGAAUCAUGUCUACGAGAUCAAAGGAAAAGGUAGUCGCAGCAUUUCGGAAGUUUUUCCGAUCCUCCGAGAAAAUCUCGGAACAAGACGGAGCCAGUAGCUCGACGAAUUCACCAUCGAGGAAGCUUUUAAGUCGACAUCAUCGUCCUGACGCAGUUACACCAGCUGAUGGUGCACUGUCGGAUAACCCGGGUGCCAGUAAUUCCAGUCAUGGAAGUUGUUUUUUCAAAUCAAAGAAAUCUUCCGGCAGUUCCGCUCAGGGAAUUGUUGCAGUUCCAGAUAAAAGGGUUCGUUUGCGUAGAUUGAUGAAGGAGCUCAGCGAAAUCCAGAGAACACAGCAUCGAUUGGAAUCAACCUUCACUGCAGAACUAAUCAAUGACAAUUUAUUUGAAUGGCACGUGAGACUGCAUAAAAUUGAUCCAGAAAGUGAACUAGCAGCUGACAUGAGAGAACUCAACAUACCUUAUAUACUUCUCCAUGUGGUGUUUCCAGAGAACUUUCCAUUCGCACCACCUUUUAUGCGUGUUAUUUCUCCGCGAAUCGAGAAAGGUUUUGUAAUGGAGGGUGGCGCUAUUUGUAUGGAACUUCUUACACCAAGGGGAUGGGCUAGUGCAUAUACCAUUGAAGCUGUCAUCACACAGUUUGCAGCUAGUAUCGUUAAGGGCCAGGGGCGUGUGGCAAGGAAAUCGAAGACGAACAAAGAAUUUAAUAGACGUUCUGCUGAAGAAUCCUUCAGGAGUCUUGUAAAAACUCAUGAAAAGUACGGUUGGGUUACGCCGCCACUUGCAGAGGGUUAAUCCUGCAAAUCACUCUAAUGAACGAAAGACUUGAUUGUUAUUUAAAAUAUCGCUGCGUGCUGAUUUCAAGAAUAAACUUGACAAGUAACAUUGUUCUUCCUUUCUGAACAAUCAUGCCAUUGUAUCACGGUUGUUAUUCACUGUGUAAGCAACUGAUUGUGCAAUAUUCAAAAAAGGAAUAAGAGGCGGUAGCGAAAUUUUGAAAAUCUGUUGAUUUGUUUGAAACAAUUACGGUAAAGAUUAUAGUUGUUUCAUUACUAUGGCGUUAGUAAUUUAUUUGUCAGUUUUGUAACAAAUGGAUUAUUGUAACGUUGCCAUGAUAUUGUUAUGAAUAAUAAACACACCGUCAAUCAAA